GCCACAUUUUCAACCUUGUUACACAGGGCAAUCAUACUGGAUACCACUGAGUUGUAAAACUACAGGAUCGUCAAUCUGGCCAACGACAAGCGAUCUUAACCUGUCGCCGCGGAAAGGAGGAGAUCGGGGAGGCGGAACAUGUAUCCUGGUGUAUACGCAUCAGUUUGAACUAUCAUCAAAACAGGACUGGACCAAACCAAAAUACUUUGUUCCCACGAUCUCUGGACAGGAAAACUCUUGAGAGCCUGUCACUGGGCCAUAGUUGCUCUUCCGGCACUUUCUCGCCAACAGCGCAUAGCCUGGCUCUGCUCUGGAACAAGCUGGAAUCUCAGAGGAGUCCUUACGAAAAGCUCUGGACAUGAGUCCGAACCACCUGGAUCCAUUCUCUGCAGUCGGCGCUGGUACAAAGCACAAGCAGAUUCAAGAUGCCAAGGAUAUGUACCAGGUGGUUGUUGAACGCGCCGCAAGAACAAAUACGGUUGUUCCUGACUACGAGUUCAUUGAACUUAUCGGAAAGGGAUCAUUUGGAAGAGUCUACAAGUGCAAAAACAAUGCUACUCGAGAUCUUGUGGCCGUGAAGAUCAUUGAUGUUGACGAUCUGGAUUACAAACUGGAUCUCGACCAAAAGGAUGAAGCCAUUGAAGAUUUUCGAAAAGAGGUCAAGACGCUCAAGCUCCUUAGAGACAGUCAGGCGAAGAACAUCAACUACAUUCAAGAGGCCUUUGACCUGCAUUCUCAGCUGUGGAUUGUUAGCGACUACUGUCCAGGUGGUAGCGUUCAUACGCUCAUGAAGGCUACGCCAGGUCCUGGGCUUGAAGAAGAGUACAUCAUACCGAUCGCACGCGAACUGGCGGUGGCGCUCAAAUACGUGCAUGACGCAGGUGUGAUCCACAGAGAUGUCAAGUGCGGCAAUGUUUUGAUUUCCGAGGACGGCCAGGUUCAGUUGUGUGACUUUGGUGUGGCAGCAGUGAUCGAAACCGAAGCCUCAAAAAGAUCCACUAUCAUCGGAACGCCGUUCUGGAUGCCUCCAGAGAUGCACUCGAUGGAUAUGGCCGUCCAACAAGGUUAUGGUACUGAGGUUGAUUGCUGGGCGUAUGGCUGCACCGUCUACGAAAUGGCCACAGGAAUGCCGCCAAACCAUAAGUUCCAUCCGUCCAUGCUGCGAACAGUGCUGAAAGCCGCACCACGGCUUCAGGAGGGCGACUACUCACAAGGUCUACGAGACUUCAUUGCGUUCUGUCUCGAAGAAAAGCCUCAAAAUCGUCCGACCAUGAACGCUAUUCUGGAGCACCCGUUCAUAUCUGGUACAUCAGAACAAUAUCCUACCGCCACAGUGAGAGAGAUGAUCGAUCGUUACUUCCAAUGGGAAAGAAGAGGCGGCCAAAGAGCGUCACUUUUCAACCCCAUGGGAGCUGCUGCGCCUCAGCCAUCUGAGCAACGCGACGAUUAUAAUGAUUGGAACUUCUCAACCUCCGCCGAUUUUGAAAACGACUUCGUCAAGCGCUACAGUCAACUUGGUAUUGCGGAAACAGAUUUUGCAGCUACGAAUAGCGACUCGGACGAAGUUCUACCCGCGCUCAACAACGUUACAAAGCCACAUCCUAGGAACCCAUUCCACGAAGCGCAAGAAGAGGCCAGGGCGAAGCGAGGAGAGCGCUCCAUGGGACGACUCUUCGACACCAACGCAGACCCAUACGACUACAACACGCUCAUGGACGACGAAGAACAACCGAUGUCAGACCUUCCUCUGAGGAACUUGUCCAGCGAUCGCUCGGCCAACAGGGAGACCUUGAUUGACUUGGACAUGGGCGCAGUGGGGCUGGAUUCUCAGCCGACCUUCAAUUUCGACUUCAGCGAUGUGCCAACGUUAAAGGCAGCAAGACCGAACCGUAUGUCAUCUGCAAUGCCCGACGAAGACGAUGACGAAAACGACUUCUACGAUGGGCCAGAUCAAGACACGCGAAGAGCUACCAAAGACUGGCAAUUCCCUCUCAAGAUGAUGCCUGCCGACAACCCGAGCAGGCGUACACAGGACUGGACCUUUGCUAUGGCACAACCUCCAGCUGCGGAUCGCAAGACUCAAGACUGGUCCUUUGCAACAGCCCAACCAGCGGCCGAUCGUAAAACUGCAGAUUGGUCGUUCGCUACAGCUCAGCCGGCUACUGAUCGAAGAACGGCGGACUGGUCAUUCGCAGAGAUGACAGAGCCCGUGACAGCAGAGCCAGACCGCCGAACCGCAGAUUGGACGUUCGCGACAGCUGAGCCGGCGUCCAACGAACCAGACGCCGAGCCAGACUUCUCCUUUCCACCCAUGAAGGAUGAGACGGACAUUGCUCCAGGCUUCAGACCUCACUUGACCCGUACAGCUACAGAACCGAUCGGGCAGUUCAAUGAUUUCCUACACCCUCCUGUAGGAUCGGUUACCCAAGAUGACUUCGACAUAUCGAAGGUUCGCGAAUCAAAGCCCAUCAUCGAUCUUGACUUGGGCAUGACCUUUGAACCAAAGUUCGAUCUGGAGACAGCCAUAACGCACCAUUCCCAACCAAGCAUAGCAUCCAUAUCUCACCACUCACAACCAAGCAUCACAACAUCGUCUCCUGUCAUAAGCGCAGCAGGGUCGACCGAGACGUCACGUAACCCCUUCUUCUUAGAUGAGGUCGAGCAACCCAGCGGCGAUGAAGUCAAGCGCUCCUCGCAUCGCCAAUCACGUUCCGAACCACAACUUCUGGCAUCAAGCAAUCUCCAUUCUGCAGCACUUCACUCUAGGGGGCCCAGCAACGUAUCUCUACUCAGACACUCGAGGGACAGAGGCUAUUCUUACUCAUCUACAGCAUCGUCAGACGUGCAGAGUGGAAGCUGGCCCCGAGACUACAACCGUAGGAUGGAGGCACACACAAGACAACAGCUCCUUGACGGACUUCACACUUCUGCUAUUGCUUCACGCAAUAGCUGGGCUCGAUUCGCUGCAGCCGACUCCUUUGAUGACACUGACAUUGAUGCACCUAUGGCUGAUCCUGGUGUAAGAGUACCGGGACUCGAUGACGCCGAUUUUCCCCUCGUAGGUCAUGCGGGAUCGAAGCCAUCGUCGCGCAUUGAUGCCUUCAAUGUGGACACAGACGAGAGCACUUAUGGAGACCUCACCAUGCCCCGCAAUCGCGCACGUGCAGAUACAGGAGGCACAACAAGCACAGGCUACGACUCGUCAAGAGAAGAUACAGCAUAUAUAUCAUAUGCGCGCAGCAGCCGUCUUUUAAACGAGUUCCCACGACUGUCAGCACCUGAUGCAGAAGUACUCAUCGACGGCGCCGACUCAGAGCUCGUGUUCCAAGAGAUGGACCGUCUAUUUGCCGAUCUAGAAGGAGGACUUGGUCUGGCUGCCGAAAUGUUUCAACGACGUGACAGAGACAUAUUUCGAGGAAGGGAAGAGGGAGAGGAUUACGAAAGGCAUGUCAAGGGAUUCGGCAGUGAGGGAGAAGGACUCAUGUGAUAGGGAAAUGGGAUGCACGGGGACCAGAUGAAUUUGCUUUGACGCGAAGAUACCCUUAUGGCUUGUAACAUAGAUGAUGGCGUGUAUAACACAAUUCACUUUGCAUUGGAAGUGAUUGCUUG